AAGCCUUGCCAAUUUCUUCAUCUUCAAGAUCCGCUUUUGUGAUUUGACUUCUGUGGGUAUGGGAAAAGGUAAGCUUAUAUUGAUUUGUCAAUCUGGUGGCAAAUUUGUGACUGAUGAUGAUGGGACAAUGACAUAUACUGGGGGAGAAGCAGAAGCGAUAGAUAUUAAUCAUGAAACCACGUUUGAUGAUUUUAAGCUAAAACUGGCAAAACUCUUGAACUUGGAGUAUACUUCUUUGUCCCUCAAGUAUUUUCUUCCCGGAAAUAGAAGAACUCUUAUCACAAUGAAACAAGAGAAGGACAUGAAAAGGAUGUAUGAUUUCCAUCUGAGUUCAGUCACAGCAGAAGUUUUUAUUACAGGACAAUAUGGCUUCCAGUCUGAAGCAGUUGUGUCACCUGGUACCAGACGACACCAUGUGGCAUAUGGGAAUGUAGCCAAUGUACCCAUCCAAGUUAUCACAGGAACUCCUGAAGAAAACAACCUCGCUGAUAUUAAUAUGAGAUCUAGAAAGGUUGCCCCCAGAAUUACCUCUGAUACCAGUGGCCUUGUUGACAUUCCCGUAACAGUAUCCACCAAUCCAGUGGGACCAGCCAAAUCAACCUCAAAAAAAAUCAAGACAAAAGGGAAGAAGAGUCUUGUUUCUAAUAUCUCCAACCUGACUCCCAAAAGUUCGAAACAAUCAUUCAUAGGUAGUAAUCCUGGUAUCAAAAGCUCCCCUCCAAUGUCUCUUAGUGUUGUGUGUGGUGUGACUACCAGUUCCCCUAGAACUGUUAGUAAACGAAGACGUGUGAUGGAAGAACCCAGCAUUUUACUCCAGGAUGAAAAUGUCACGGAUACAAGGAGAAGAUCCUUACGAAAUAGGGGAGAAAUUCGAAAGCCUGAUAUAGAGACCUAUUACCCUGAAAUUGAGGAUCUUGACUACGAACGUGAGAUAAAUUAUUCUAUCUCUGAAGCUAACGAUGGUUCUGUAGAGAGCUUGGUAGCCUCAUGGAAACGAUGCAUUACUGGUGUGGGUCAGGGAUUUGAAAGUGUCGUUGAAUUUCGUGAUGCGCUGCAGAAAUAUGCAGUUGCUUGUCGUUUUGGGUACAGAUUAAGGAAGAAUGAAUCAAAUCGUGCAUGUGGUGUUUGUUUAGUUGGAGGUUGUCCUUGGAAGAUUUAUGCAUCAUGGGUACCAUCUGAAAGUGUGUUCAGGAUCAAAAAAUUUAAUAGAAGGCAUACGUGCGGGGGAGAAUCUUGGAAAUCUGCUCAUCCCAAAAAGAACUGGGUAGUGGGUAUCAUCAAGGAGAGGUUGCAGGAGAACCCAAAUCAGAAGACUAAGAACAUAGCUGACUCGAUUUUUCAGGAUUUUGGUAUUGAGCUCAGUUAUUGCACUAUCAGACGAGGCAUUGAUGAAGCUAAAGGAGGACUUCAUACAUCAUUCAAAGAGGCAUAUAAGCAUUUGCCUCAUUUUGUGAAUAAGGUAGUUGAGGCAAACCCUGGAAGUAUGGUUAAUUUGGUGGUUGGUGAGGACAGAAGAUUUCAGCGGCUUUUUCUAUCUUUCCAAUCUUGUCUACAUGGCUUUCAAACUGGUUGCCGGCCGCUUCUUUUCCUUGAUGCCAUUCCAUUUAAGUCUAGGUAUCAUGAGAUUUUGUUAACAGCUUCUGCCUUGGAUGGAGAUGAUGGCGUGUUUCCAGUGGCAUUAGCCCUUGUGGAUGUGGAAACUGAUGAAACUUGGCGUUGGUUUCUGGAGCAAUUAAAGGUAGCUUUGCCCAGUUUACAGGCCCUUACCUUUGUCUCCGACCGAGAGAAAGGACUAGAGACUUCUGUGUUGGAGAUUUUCGAGAAUGCCCAUCAUGGUUAUUCUAUACAUUACUUGAUGGAGGAUUUUAUGAGAAGCCUUAGAGGUCCGUUUCUUGGAGAUGGGAAACCAUCGUUAACAUACUAUUUACUGGCUGCAGCACGUGCUGAUCGACUUGAUGGGUUUAAGGUUUACACCGAGCAAAUAAGACGAGUGUCUCCUAGAGCUUAUGAUUGGGUAAUGCAGAUUGAAUCAAAGCACUGGGCAUGUGCCUUAUUUGAAGGUGAACCAUACAGCCAUAUUACGUCAGAUGUGGCAGAGAUCUACUCGAAGUGGAUUGAAGAAAGUCAGGAAACUUCCAUCGUCCAGAAACUUGUGGCAUUUGUGAAUAAAAUUGUGGAGUUGGUAAACAGUAGCCAGGAGAAGUCAAAACCGUGGUUCAGCCAACUUGUGCCAUCGAAGGAGGAAAGUCUAGCGGAAGAAUGCAAGAAAGCAAGCACGCUAAAAGUUUUCUUUUGCUCAGACACGCUUUUUGAGGUUCAUGAUGGGUCUGUUCAGCUUGUGGACAUGAGUAACCAAACCUGCAGCUGUUACGGGUGGAAGCCCACAGGCCUCCCUUGUCAGCAUGCGAUUGCUGUCCUAAACACAAAAGGAAGAAAUCUGUAUGACUAUUGUUCAAGUUUCUUUACAGUUGAUAGUUACCGUUUAACGUAUUCAGUAGCUCUAGGAGCAGUUGCGAGUGACUUAGCUUUGGUGGAGAAUGAAGGCAGCAGCAAGGAAGAGGAUGAACAAGUACUUCCCCCUCUGUUUUCCCGAGUUCAGGGAGUAGAGAAGAGAAUCAAAGACCGGAAAAGAGGACGAUCUGUGUGUUGUACAAAGUGUGGAGGAGUAGGACAUAACAAGGCUACUUGUAAGGAUGACUGAUCAUCGACAGCCUACUUCUGCUCACUACAUUUGUACAGAGGUUUGCACUGUUCUUCAUAGAUUUUGUUGGAACCACAAGAACAUCCAGUCAGUAUGCUCUCUCUACCUCUUUGUUAGUGUAUGUAUAAAUUAAUAAACUCAGAAAGUGUUC